UAUGACGUCGUCAGCAGAAGCUUGGAAGUGUUUAUUGUUCCUUCCCUUUGAAGAGAGAAAGAAGGCUAGCAAGGCAAAGCAAUAACGAUUACAUAGACAAUUUUCAUAGUUUCAAGUAGCGAAGCCACAGUAAACGGCCGAGGCAGGUUGACACAGGACCCAGUGGCCAUGGCAUAUGCGUAUCUCUUCAAAUACAUCAUUAUCGGAGACACGGGUGUUGGGAAAUCAUGCCUAUUAUUACAGUUCACGGACAAGCGGUUUCAGCCGGUGCAUGACCUCACUAUCGGUGUGGAGUUUGGGGCGCGGAUGAUCACUAUAGACGGUAAACAGAUCAAGCUGCAGAUCUGGGACACGGCCGGCCAAGAAUCCUUCCGCUCAAUCACUCGGUCCUACUACAGAGGGGCAGCCGGCGCCCUGCUAGUGUACGACAUCACAAGAAGGGACACCUUCAACCACUUAACAACCUGGUUAGAGGAUGCUCGCCAACAUUCCAACUCCAACAUGGUCAUCAUGCUCAUUGGGAACAAGAGUGACCUGGAGUCCAGGAGAGAGGUGAAGAAGGAGGAGGGAGAGGCCUUCGCCAGAGAGCACGGCCUCAUCUUCAUGGAGACCUCCGCCAAGACUGCAUCCAACGUAGAAGAGGCAUUCAUCAACACAGCGAAGGAGAUAUACGAGAAGAUUCAGGAGGGUGUCUUCGACAUCAACAAUGAGGCUAACGGUAUUAAGAUCGGGCCCCAGCACGCUACCACCAACUCCACUCUCUCCGGUAGCCAGGGGGGUCAACAGGCCGGCGGGGGAUGCUGCUGAACACCCCUCGCCCCUCUGUCCCAUACCACCCCACCUUGCCCCGCCCCUUGUGUUUCUACUGGACUGGUCGGGCUCACUAACAUUUUCUUAACCCCUCCCCACAGCCUUGCCAAUGGAGAGUCUAAUCGUGUACUAGGUGUCUGUCAGUCAAAAAUACCAAGCAAAACACAUUAAAGUACCCUGGUCCUGGUGCAAAACAUGCCCCUGUAUAAGAGCAUUGGAGCCUGUCUUGGUUGUAGAUUGAUAGGUUGUUACUGUUGUGUUGAAACAGGCAGGGUGCUUUAAGAUUGGGACUCAUCAUAUCUAUCUGUACAUCUGUCAGACAGUUGUGGAUAAUGUCUUUUUUUUUCACUCCCAAGUAAGGAUUUUUUUUGUGCCCUUUUGACUUAAAAGCUUAAUUGUAUUUAACACUACAAUGUUGGUCAUCAAUAGUAUUUUAAUCGGUUUCAUGUGGGAGAAAGAAAGCUUUGGGGAAGUUGGGUGAACUCUAAGUUUGAAAUAAAAGAAACAGCUGUGUCGGAAGUAGCGGCCAUGUCUAAAGUGAAGUUUAAGGAAGAAAAGGAAAAAAAAGCAGGACUCUUUUUAAAUCUCUAUUUAUCAGUCACAUUCUGUGUGUAUAUAUAGUUAGUUAUCCUUUCUUGCUUUAGUGUAUGUUGACCAAGCUAGAAUUCUUUGAAAUUGCUGGGAACAUCUAUACUGUACGAAUAGAGCUUGAAACUGCAACAGUAUUGCAAAAAAAAACAAAAAAAAACCCCUGCUUUGACACCAUUUUAAGAUCAUAUUUUACUUAAUUUACUUUUUGUCCUGCCACCUGCCUUGCCCCUCCCCUCUAUCUCUGUGCCCUCGAUCUGCUAUGACUGUGUAUAGAAACUUUGGCUCAAUAUUCUGCAUCUAUUUUAAUGCCAACAUUUUGUGUUUACCUGUGUUCAAUAACCACAAAUACCAGAAUUUGAUCACCUCUGCUCGGAUAAGAGAUCUCAGCUGUUUGCCUUAACGGAAAGAUUGGGAAAGCAGAAGAGUGAGAAAAAUGAGAAACAACCAGGUUGCGGCGGAAUCAUUCCAGUAACUUCAAUUUGCGUAUUCUUAUACAUGCUCAUAGACACAUUCUUACAUUAAAACACACAUUGCAUACUCUAAAUGUAUACAUACACAGAUUUCAACAGUACAUGCAUGCUUAAAUGCAUACAUGUGUCCUUACACACAAACAACCUGCGUAUGUCUAUACCUACAAGCCUGCAUAUAUAUAUAUUUUUCUCUUCGGGAAUUUGUUUUUCAUGCAGUCCGCUGUGGAGCGUCGGUGCAGAGCAGCGUUUUCCUGUAGGUGUGUGUGAGUGGCUGUGUACAGCCUUGCUUUCUUUGGCUGUGCGUUCUGUUAGUAGAUAUUAUGGUGAACAUCUCGUCUGUCGUCAGAGGGUCGCGGGAAAAGCCAAACCUGGAGUAUCUAUGUGACCCCCCUCGACAUUUAUUUGCUGUGUUGGUUCUUCUUAAAAAUGAAAAAAAUGCUAUCACAAUAAACUAUAAUAAAACAUUCUAAGCUUAAAUAUCAUUUGAUUGUCAUGUAGGGGAAAAAAAUUGCUAUGUUUAAGAUGUACAUUUUGUAAUUUCCUUUGUAGAAUUUAUAUUUUGCCUUUGAUCCCCUAUAGUUAUUUUCUGUUUCUGUGUUGGUAUAUGAAUGAAACAAUUAUAUAUGGAUCCAUACUGUA